CUAUUUUAUAUUUUCUUCAAUUCCUAUUGGUUCAUUUAUACAACCAAUAGGAAUAUUUUAUAAAAAUGAAAUGAAAUCAUAAAUUUUACCAAAAAAAAAUUUAUUUUACCCAUCAUUUUAUUUAUUAUUAUCAUCAUCAUUAAAUCUUAUUCUUCAUUAAUCAAAGUAUCUUAUAAUAGAAAUGAACAAAUUAUCAUUAAUACAAUUGUUUAUAUUCACUUUUGUUAUCUUAACAAUAAACAUAAACGGUGCUAAUACAGAUACAUAUGACAAACGUGCAAGUUUGGCAUAUUUCAAACGUCGAAGUGAAAUAUCCGAUUCAACAUCUGAUUCACCAUCUAAACGUGCAACAUUAUACUAUUAUAAACGUGGUCAAUAUGAUCAACAACCAAGAGGAAUACAUGAUAUAAGACAAAUUGCUGAAAUUUGUCCAUGUUUAAAUAAAGAUUAUUUACAUUGGCUUGAAGAAAAUCUACUAAUCAGUAAACAUAAUAAUAAUGAUGACGAUCAUAAUCUGGAAUCAGAAAAACGUGCAAGUUUAUCUUAUUUCAAAUAAAACAUACAAAUGUUAAACUAUAAGUAUUAUGAUUAUUAUUGUAAAAAAAAAGAAUGAACAGUUACCAAAUAACAAAAGCGUUAAUACAAACAAAAAAAAGAAAUUAAUCUUUGAAUUUUUCUGGACGAUAUCAUAAUGUUUACAUUAAUAAACUUAUUGGAAGUAAACAAAA